UGCGUUAUACUCAUAAGUUUUCAAACUUCAAUUCACAAUAUAUUGUAAUAAUUUCUCAAAAAUUUUGGGAGAGAUCUUACGGAAUGACACAAAUAAUUCAAAACCCCAUGCAAAUGCGAAUGCAGAUAAGACAAUAAUUUAUAUAUAUGGCGCGUAGAAAAGAGGUCAACAUCAUGUCGCGCGUCGUCUUCAAUUGAUCCCUAAACAAACUACACCAGAAUGCAAUUCCCCCUGCUUCUUUUUCCCCUUCGGUCUCCAGCAUAAUAUGCAGUCCCCUCUUCCUUAUUAUACCCCCUCUCCCUUCCCACUACUACUAUUUAACCCCACUUCUUCCCUGAUUUAUCAAUUUGUUUUGACAUCUCAUCCUUUCAAUUCAAGCUCCCCCACAUCAAGAAGAAAACAUUAAACACUCCCUCCUCUUCCUUUCUUUCUUUCACCCAACAACAACAACAAAAUCUCUCUUUUUCCAUCAAUCAGAUCACCCACCUAUACAAUAACACAAACACUGUAUUGUAAUUAUUGUGAUAAUACAAGCCAGAGGAGAAAAGAAAAAACGGGCAACAUGCAUACAAUUAUUAAAGGGUGACCAAUUUUGUGAGGGUCCUCUUUGCGGGUUGUCGCAGAAAAAUGGUUAUGGUAAUUAGGAGAUGAAGGAGAGGCAAAGGUGGCAACCAGAAGAAGACGCACUCCUCCGUGCCUACGUUAAGCAAUAUGGAGCCAAAGAAUGGAAUCUCAUCUCUCAGCGCAUGGGUAAAACCCUUGACAGGGACCCUAAAUCCUGCCUCGAACGCUGGAAAAACUACCUUAAACCCGGCAUCAAAAAGGGCUCUCUGACUCCGGAGGAGCAAUCCCUCGUCAUCUCUCUUCAAUCCAAGUACGGCAACAAGUGGAAGAAGAUUGCCGCCGAGGUCCCCGGCCGGACUGCCAAGCGGCUGGGCAAGUGGUGGGAGGUUUUCAAAGAGAAACAGCUCAAACAGUUGCAGAAGUCGCAGGGCCGCCAGGAUUACGCCGACCCGGCCGCCGUCUCCGCCGUGUCCUGCAGCGGGUCUCCGGAGAAAGCCGUACAGGGGAAAUACGACCACAUUCUGGAGACUUUUGCCGAGAAGUACGUCCAGCCUAAGUUAUUCGCCUUUCAAUCCCUUCCUUUGCCACAGACCAUUAUGCCUAAUCUUACCCUGCCCGUGCCUGAACCUCCUCCAGUACUUUCUCUCGGUUCGGUUGCAAUUACCGACCCGAUCAAUGUUUCGACGACGAUUCCGGCUUCCACGCUUCCGCCGUGGAUGAGCAUGACGCCCACCGCCACAUCAUCUCUGUCCUCAUCGUCUUCCACUCCAUCUCCAUCGGUAAGUCUCACUCUUUCCCCUUCAGAACCGCCGGCGGUUCUCGACCCGGUACAACCCGAAAUCGGGCUGCCCACCCGGUUCUUCCCAGUUCAUCAAAUGGGUACCCUGGUUCAGUAUUCAAAGGAGCUGGAAGAAGGCAGGCAAAACUGGGUUCAGCAUAAGAAGGAAGCGACAUGGAGGCUGAACAGGUUGGAGCAGCAAUUGGAGUCCGAGAAGGCCCGGAAGAGGAGAGAAAAGAUGGAGGAAAUCGAUGCCAAGAUAAGGUGUUUGAGAGAGGAAGAGAUGGCAUAUCUUGGAAGGAUCGAAAGCGAGUACAGAGAUCAGCUGACUGCAUUACAGAGAGAUGCUGAGGCUAAAGAAGCAAAGUUAAUGGAAGCAUGGUGCAGUAAACAUGUGAAGUUGGCCAAGCUUGUUGAACAAAUCGGGGUCCACACUAGUCAUGGAUUCACAACUUUGCCUUGUAAAGACUUGCGUUAAUUUUUUUCCCACUCAGUACUACUUUUACUACUACAGCUAUAGACAGUACUUCCCAGGCCAGUACCAAAAAAAAACCUCACUGCUACUCUACUACUCGAUGAAAAUGAAAUGUGGACGAAUUUUUUCAUGUCAUCAAAGUUCUCUCUCAACCGUUUCUGCAUGCAUUUCAUCAUCAUUUUUGGAUUUUUUUUUUAAGUUUCACAUGAAGUAAGAUAAUAAGUUGUCGAAUUACAUUCCGUUACUAUCAGAAAAAUAUGAUCUUGGAACUAUGAUGCCAAUAUUGCAAUGGUGUGAUAUACUUUUACUGUACACAAACGUGUUGUGGAAAGAUGCUGGUGGGAAAUGCACUAAACUUAAAACUGUUGUUUGUGUAGGACUGCUACUAGGUAGGUAGAUAGAUAGUGGAAAAAAGUGUAGACUAUAUUUCACAAAAGAUAAUGAAAGCUGGGAAAGGGAAGCAAUAGCAGUGCAACCAUAGCAUUGUGAUGUCUAAUCGGUUUCGACGUUUUUGUUAGCAAAAGAAAGGC